AUGGGUGAAACAAAUUCAAAGGUUGCUUUCGAACUGUGCGUAUCCACCGAGGACUACCAGGGGAACAACCUCGGCCCCACUGUGAACAUGGUUAUGUUUGACACGAACAAUGUUCAGUCACCGACGAUAGCGCUAGCUAAUCUCUUCCAAAACGAGGCGGAUUUCAGACAGGCAAAAUUUACUAUCGAUCUACAACCAUGGAGCAGGCCCAAGAUAUUUGGGAGGCUACACCACAUAGAAUUUUGGCGGUCAGACGGGGGCCCCUUCGCCUCGCCCUGGUUCCUCGACCGCGUUGUCAUUCGUGAUCGUAGGCAUGGCCUCACAGGCGAGUGGGACUACUUCUUCUUUCCCGUGCAUGAUUGGAUCUUGCCGGAUGCGCAGUACGUUGUACACAACUGCGAAACCUUUCUUCCUCAAGACGAACCCUUCCCAGAGCUCCGCGACGCUCAACUUGCCCGGCGACAGCAACUUUUAACUUUCACGCAGCGAGCAAAGGGUCUUCCUGUGGAGUGGAACAUUGAAGAACUCGUACUAGAACUCAUUGAACAAUCAGGCCUUUCGGAG